CCCAUUUCUCAAUUAAUUCUUUUUCUUUUCUUUUAACGAAAAGCAAACAUACACCUUAAAACACAAACACCAAAACCAAAGUAGAAUCAAACUUCAAACACCAACGUUGUUGCUUUCAUCUUGCUUGACCACUAUGAUGGGCCUAAACAACUUAGGAACCGCCGUUACCGUUGUCAUCGCCGUCACACUAACCGCCCUCAUGGUAGAGAUCCUCUACUUCUUGUGGCGUCGCCGCCGUAGCUACCGCCCCCGCUCCCGUGUGGAGCCGCAGGAGCAUUCCCUCCCAACCUCAUCACCACCUUCUUCAUCAUUCAUUGCUGAGAGAGAACGCGAGCUUGAACUUGAAUUUGAGCUCGAACAACAGGUGAUGAAGUACCAGUGUCACUAUGGAAUUUCAAGGGUGCUGUUCACAAUAAAGGAAGAAGAAGAGAGAGAAGGCUUUGAUUCUGAGAGUGGAGAAUGCAGUGCCGUUAAAACGGUGUCGUUGAGUGAGGUGGUGGUGGUGGUAAACGACGAUGGUAAUGGUGACUUGUUAGUGAAUGAAACGACACCGUUUUCAACACCUUGUGCUUCCCCUCCUUAUUUCACACCACAUUCUUCACCGUUUCAUGAUUAUUAUUAUAAUAAUAAUAAUGUUGCCAACAAUGGAUGAAUCAAAAUUAUUCAAGCUUGGUCAAGUAAAUAUUUUUUCCCUUUUCGUUUAUUUGUUUACUAUUAUCUAUUGAUUUAGAAUGUUAAUUAUUAGAAUGUUUAUUAU